AUGCAAGAUAUUGAAGAGGCAACCGUGCAUUUCCGCAAAUCGAACUUGACCGUCAAGUGGUUGGCAAAAGACCGAUUGUCAUUGCUUCAGCUGGCGGAAAAGUCAGGACUGACCCCGGACUAUGGUUGUCGCUCGGGAGCUUGCGGCACUUGCGAAGUGAAGCUGUUGAAAGGCUUGAUCGAAGGCUGCCUGGAGGGAGAUGAUGGCGUUUUAAUAUGCUGUUCCAAGCCCGCCAGCUUGGAGGUCGAGCUCGAGUUAUGA